AUGCAUCGCCGUAGCAAGCUUACUCUGGACGACACCGGACACACUUCAGAUCACGUCAUUCGGAUGACCAAUGUUCACUGGCAAGCCACCAAUGGGGACAUCAAAGCGUUUUUCAAAGACAUUGAGAUCCUUGACCAGAAACGAGACAAAAAUGUGAGGAACAAGGGAAGGAAGCUCACAGUCGCAUACGUUCUAUUCGCAACUCGAACGGAGCAGAUGCAGGCUCUAAGGCUUGAUAGACAGUUACUGCACGGUCGUGAGGUGCGAUUGAUGCCAGCGCCCGGAGGCACGUAUAGCGUUGCUACAGACGGCUUGUCCUUCGAGCGCGGCGAAGCUCCACCCACCCAACUUGCUCACACCAUGGAUGGUUCCGCAACUCCCAGGUUUGACGUGGGCGACUUUCCGGCUCUGAAGCCUGCUCCGGCUCUUGUCUUCCAGUCUACAACGACCCCCACCCUUACUACGAGUAUACCUAUUAAUCCAUCGAACGCGGCAACACAGCGUACAGGGCCCUACACCGACAAGACCCAGGACAUCAUAUCCAGCAACGAACAGCAUAGUGAUCUACUAUCGCUCACACGAUCUUCCACCGAAGCCAACAGGGCGGAGUCAUAUGCUCACGGGUUUUCGAUAGAGGGGCUCAGUUCGCUUCUGGACACCCUUUCCGUCAAUCGAUCUCAGCGACAAAGCCCAACAGAUGGCCACCUCAACAUGUCUCCAAAAUCUAGCCCCGUGACAAAACAGCCUAAGGCCAAGGCAAACGAUGCAACCAUAUCGUUCUUGUUCCCGAAUGCUGCAGCUCACCACUUGCGACAUCAGGAUGAGAUUGCUGGGCUGACCGAGGAGCAAGCUCGGUUGAAGAUUUGGAAUGAGCUUGCAGGACCGAAGAAAACGAGGCCUGGAUUUUGGUUCGAAUGA